AUGUUGGGACAGAGCAUCUGGAGGCUCACACGCUCUGUGGUCCGUAGGAGCCACUAUGAGGAGGGCCCAGGGAAGAAUUUGCCAUUUUCAGUGGACAACAACUGGCGAUUACUACUUAUGAUGACUUUGUACUUUGGAUCUGGAUUUGCUGCACCUUUUUUUAUAGCAAGACAUCAGCUGCUUAAGAAGUAAGGAU